UGCUCGCUGUUUAGCACGAGGAUACUCGUUAUACGUGUGUUACAAUAGUCUCAACUAAACCAUGGCCCAUCACCCACCGAGGGUUAUCCUCGCGGGCCUACUACUGGGAUUUCUCCUAAUAGUUUCGCCAUCGAAAGCCAAUAAAUGCCGCAGUGGUUGCCAUGGAAUUCAUUCGGAUAAAGCGUACCAAGAAGGUAGAACUUAUACGUAUCAGUUGGAUGGUGAAUCGGUUACAUCCGUAAGCGAUGCUCAAGGACAUGCGAAUUUGAAGUUAAACGCUAUUGUUGAAUUGGCAGUAAAACCAGACUGCGUUCGGCAGAUCAGGUUGAAAAACGUGCGAAUCAAUGGAGCUCCUGCAUCGCAUGGAGACAUUGAAGCACACGCUCUGCAGUUCAAUUACCAUAAUGGUCACAUAGACAGCGAAGUUUGUGCUGAACCUGAAGACAGUCAAGCUGCAUUGAAUGUGAAACGAGCUGUAAUUUCGCUCUUCCAAGACGCAGUUGUUGAAAAUGACGGAACAACGACUCAUCACGAGACCGACGUGUUCGGCAGAUGCACGACAGAUUUCACAUUCAGUACGAAUGGCGAGUCACGAACGAUAAAGAAAUUGCGAAACCUGGAACAAUGUUCAUUCCGUGAAAGCAUAAAACAGGAUUUCAUAACAGCAACGUUCAAUCAAAAUUCUCAAAUAAAGUCAGCACCACUUUUGGCGGCAGAACAAAAGGUCGAGCAGCAAUUCGCUCGCGGUAUUCUUCAAAAGGCUGUCUCGGUAGAAACUUACAAUUACAGACCGUUCAGCAAUGGAGAAUCUGGUACUAAAACGAUUGUCGAAAUUGUACUCACUUUCAAAGAAGAAAGAGGAGACAGUCCAACUGCUCCAGUUUCCGAACCAAAAUCAAUCGUUUUCGAAAGCCCACAUAUCGUAGUGAAAUCAUCGGUCGAUGCCAUACAAAAGGCACUUCAUGCCACAAAAGACUCGAUGCCAGACGCGGUGAACCCAGACGCUGCCAGAAAAUUUGCGGAACUUAUCAAAGUGCUUCGUCAAAGUAGCAAGAACGACAUUCUCACCGUAUACUCACGCGUAAGAGCUGGUGCUGGUUUUGAAAAAGAUUCAGCGAAGAAGGUAUUCCUCGAUGCGCUUUUUAGAACCGGAACUGGUGACGCUGCUGAGGCCGCAGUUGAGCUUGUAAAAAAGAGGGAACUUAACCAGCUGGAGACUGUCAUCUAUUAUACCAGCCUCGUUUUUGUAAGACACGCGAGUCUGUCCUCCGUGACGGCGGUGACCAGUCUUUUGGACGAGAGUGAAAUUCCACGCAUCGCUUAUCUGGGUAUCGGUUCAUUGAUCGGUAAAUACUGCGAGGAACACAGCUGCGAAAAUGUUGGCACAAUUAACGCGGCGCUUGGAAAAAUAUCUUCAAAGUUGCACGGUAAACCGACGACGAGAAAACAGGAAGAUGUUGUGAUUUCGGCACUGAAGGGACUCGGAAACGCGAGGUACCUCGACGACGAAACUUUGAUCAAAAUCGCAAAGAUCGCGACCGAUAAGAAACAGCACAGUCGCGUCAGAGUCGCUGCAAUUCAAGCACUUCCAACCAGGUGCUCCAUGAAGUGGAAGGAGCCUCUUCUCCAUACUUUGGCCGACCGCGUCGAAGACAGUGAAAUCAGAAUCAAGACUUACCUCGCUUUAGUUGCUUGCCCGUGUCCGCAUGUUGCCGGCCAACUUAAGACUGUACUCGAUAAGGAGACUGUCAAUCAAGUCGGAUCUUUCAUUACGUCCCACUUGAGGAACCUCAGAGCUUCGACGAAUCCCGAUAAACAGGAGGCUAAAAGCUAUUUUGGACAUAUCAAACCGCGUACCAGAUUCCCCGAAGAUUUCAGAAAGUUUUCUUUCAACAAUGAACUUUCUUACAGCAUCGAUGCCUUCGGCGUUGGAUCAUCGGCGGAAAGCAAUGUGAUCUACAGUCAAAACAGUUUCGUGCCAAGUUCCGCUAAUCUGAAUCUUACCACGGAAAUUUUCGGGCGAACUUUUAAUUUCUUAGAAAUUGAUACCCGAUUCGAGAAUUUCGACCGAUUAUUAGAGAAGUAUUUCGGACCGAAAGGAACACUGAGGUCUUCGAAAUUGAAGGAAACUGUCCUCGAAGAGCGUGAAACUGUCACAAAUUUGUGGGAAAAGAUCGUGAAUCGAUUCAAUAAGAAAGUUGGAAGACACGCUCGAAACGUUAAUCCAAAAGCGAUUGACAAUUUCAGCAAAAAGAUCCACCUGCCAGACACUGAACUUGACGAUGACCUGGAGCUUGACCUUUCCAUAAAAUUAUUCGGGGCCGAACUUGUAUUCCUCAGUUAUCAAGGCAGUCGAGACAAACUGAACACCGACAAGGUGAUCGAACAACUACUCGACCUUCUAGAAUCCGGUGUCGACAAGGCGAAGAAUUUCAACUUCCACUUCAAGAACCACCUUCACUUUUUGGACGCUGAAUUGGUCUACCCCACCGGUCUGGGUUUCCCAUUGACUUUGGGCAUCACCGGUACCAGUGCAGUCCACUUUAAAACUAGCGGUAAAGUCGACUUGGUAGCGAUCUUCAAUGAUCCUAAAUCAUCCGCGAUUCAAAUCGCUCUUGAACCAAGUGCAUCGAUCAGUAUAGUUGGGUCUAUGGUAGUCGAAGGCUACGGAAUUGAGUCUGGUUUGAAGGUAGUUUCCACCCUACAUACCUCAACGGGAACCGACGUAUCGGUAAAAUUAUUGGACGGAAACGGCGUGGACAUAAACGUAGGAAUUCCAAGACCAAAACAAGAAAUCAUAAGCGUAACAAGCGAAGUCCUUCUCAGUUCAGGAGCUAAGGGCGACAAUUACGUAGCCCCUAAAUUCGGCAGAGGAGUAGACCACGCUGAUUGCUUCGACCAGUUGUCUAGCGCGAUUGGACUGACCGUAUGUGGAAAGAUCAGUUAUCCCUACGACAGCAUCGCUGCGGUUCAGAAGAAGUCGCUUUUCCCACUCAGCGGACCAGCCGCAUUCGCGGUAUACUUAGAAAAUAACGACGUCAAGAGUUACCACUUCAAGGCGUACUAUAACUCGGCCAACCCGAAAGCAAGGUCGGUGGAAAUUCUACUCGAAACUCCGAACAGCAGAACGAACCGCCGCAUAUCGCUGGUUUUAGAGGCGGCCCUCGAGCCCGAAAAAGUCCUGAGGGCGACUUUCGAUUCUCCAUUCAAAAAAGCGUCAGCUGAAGCGAUAAUGAAGAACAACGACAGGGAGUUGACUUUGGCAGUUUCGGUUCACCAUGACAGUAUCGAAUACUUUAUUAGAACUGGAAUAGUGAUCGCCGGUGGGAACAAAUACAGACCGAUAUUGGAAUACAAGGUACCAGACCACGUCGAAAAACUUGCAGGAAUCAAAAACGGAGUUAAAAAUAACCAUAAAAACGGUCAACAGUACACCGUUGGAGGUGUUAUCGAAAUAUCGAAACAAAGUGAUGGCAAAAAAUACAUAUUUGAUAAAGUUACCCUCGCUUCAGGCGGGCAAACUUUAAUCGGCCUCGAUGGAAACAUCCACGUUCUUUCCAAAGGUGCCGAUGCCGAUAUGAAGGUCGAAUAUGGAGGUGAUAAUCUGAUACUCAAAGGACAUACGGUGCUGACCAAUAUUUAUAAUUACAAAGCCGAUAUCUCGGCAGUUUCCUCUACCAACCGUCCGCUUGGAUUCAGUGUAUCCGUUGAACGCAAGGGCGAUCAAAAUUCGUUCGAAGAAACAGCCGUCAUAGUUCAUGGAGCUGAUCUAAAUUCUCAAACGAAUCGCAUAUCCUACAGUGGAAAGAACAAUUUCAAAUACGUUUCCGCUAAAGAAUUUGACAUUUCUGUGGACAGGAAGGUCACAUAUCCAGCUAUUGGUCUGGUCCUUCACGUGGAAGGUGCUGUCUCUCCCAAAUCUCUUUCAUACGACUUUGAUUUCCACUACAACAAAUUCAAGCUUGAAUCAGAAUUUUCGGGCAAAAUCGGCGAUAAUCCUGGUAAUUUUGAGAUCGAUUUCGAGACAAAAUUGCAGGAAAACAGCAUCGAAUUUAAAACGAAACGCACCGUCCUAGCCGAGCACAAAAGCAAGAUAGAAUCAUCGUUGGAACUCCAUCCAGGCGGAAAAUAUGAGCUCGAUGCAACCAUCGAUUACGACGUGAAACCGAAUGAUAUCAACGCCCAGGUGAAAGCAGAGCUUAAGGUCAACGAUCAGAAGGUCGCCGUAGAUGUCGGUCUCUUAUCAAACCACGACAGACUGAAUUCUCGUGCUCUCAUAACUGUUGGAAACAACAAGUAUAUCGACUUUUUACUAACAGCGCAGUAUGGCGCCGCUCCGAAUGGACAUUUCAAACUGAAUUUGAAGGAUUACUUGACAUCUAGUGGUCAGUUUAAAUUCCAGAGGGGACAAUCGGGCGACGGACAAUUCGAGAUCAACAUUCCCAAAUUCCAACGCAAGAUAACCGGACAUGGAGAACUCUCCGUUGUUGGAUCAAAACACGUUGUCAAUGUAGAAAUUCUUUACGACGCCGGAAAAGACCCGAAGAAGCGGUUGAAAUUCUCCUCCGAUUCCGAUUUCACUUCUACAUCGGUCGACUCGAAGAAUGUACUCGAAGUGGUGGAUUAUAAGACGGUAGUAAAUGUUAAAGGUAAUCACGAGAAAACUAGCAACAUUCCAAACUUUGACGGUUCUGUAGAUGUGACCUUGCCAAAUGGUAGGUACCUCGUUUGGAAGGGUAGUAGAACCUCUAGCAUCAAAAACGACAAACGAGAGGGAAAAAUGGACUUCGAAUUGGCCGAUUAUAUAAACAAGGGAGGAAAGUGUAGGAAGAUCGUCUACCACGGUGAAGUACAUGAUCUAGAUCUCAAGGAAAUAACAUUCAGAGCGAAUCACAAUUUGCAAUUCGUUAAUUUGAACGGUGAAGAUGUCAAGCUUUCACUCAACGGAAAGUACCUACCCAACGGAGAUGACAAGCGAAUCAGCGAUGGCAAAUUUGAAGUGUCGGGAUCCAAGAUACCUUCCCCUUUCACCAUUGAAGUUUCGUACGACGGUCAGAAAGACAAUCUUUUUGGAACAUUCAAGGUUUACUCUUCUUUGGGAAACAAGCUGAGCUUCCAAGUACACGGAAACACCGUACGUGGAAACAACGACGACAAACCGUGCACCGCAGAUGUUGUAUUUGAACUUAAACUGCCCAGUGACAAGCUGAAGAACGUAAAACUUGACAUAUCCGCCUCUGUAUUGACCCCUGAAAAAACGGGUGGCCGUUUUGAAUACAUUCAAAAGACGCAGCUCACUUACAACGAAGAUAAGACCGCUAAGAUCGACUGGCACUUCGCCAACUCUGGUAUUCCUGAUGAACAGAAUGUGAUGGAAGGAAGCGGAAAAGUCACCUUCGCCAUUCACAGCAACGCACCGGUCACCGCUGGCUAUACCUACAGGCACAAUCCAAUCAACGAACUAAAGGAAUCUGCCGGUUCAUUCAACAUCAAUUACGGAAACAAACAGACAUCCCUUGCUGUUGACAGUAGCUAUCGCAAGAACCUUGACGUUUUGAAUAUCAACAUCAAGGCCAGCACUCCAAUCGAGAAGAUACGCAACGUAGAAGUCAAACUUCAGCAUACGGUCGACAAUCGCGGCGCCAACUUCAUUUCCGAAAAAAGUAAAACUGACUUGACAGUGAUCGUUGAUCAGGUAAAGUACAUCUUCAGUGAAGACUACACAACAACUAGCAAUUCCUUCGACGGCCAUUGGACUUACACUGCCCCAAGAGGCAAGCAAGAAAGUACCUUGAAGCUCAGCAAUCUUGGAUCGAAGGAGUAUAAGGGUGAAUUCAAGAGCAAUGGUAUUCAUGGACACUACGACGCCGAUGCUCAUAUCAAAGCACAGAGUGUUGAUGACUUUUUCGGCGUUGUUAAUUUCGACAGCGAUAAGUUGGAGACACGCAAGAUUCACGUGGAGGUCAACAACAAGCCAGCUAAGGGCGGAAAGAGGAUAGUGUUGAUUGUGACUGCCGAUGGAAAGAAUAUCGUAACUGGAAGUACGAACUAUAAGGAGCACUCCGAAGGUGGUAAAAGAAUCAUUGAAGGUAACGGAAGCUUGAAGAUUCGUGAGUCUACACAGUCUUCAUCGUUCAAGUAUACACGUCAGCUAUUCACCGGAGACGUUGAUGGUGAAAAUGGUGUUGCCAAUCUUUUGACCAUAAACUUUGGACAAUCCAGCAUCGUCGGCGAAUACAAAGCAACCGAAAAGGAACUGAUGUUCCUGAACAGUUACUGCGAACAAAGCGCGGAUUGUGCUACAGUGAAGCUACACUACAAGACCACCCCAGGAGGAGCUCUAAAGCGCUCGGACGAAUACACCGCUGAAGUUGACCUUAGAAAGUUCAACGUUCCAUUUGAAUUUGGUUUGAAGAGUACUCAGACGUUGGAUCCCAAGAGUGGAUUUGACAAUCAGGCCAGUCUCUACCUGCACUCUUCCGAUAAAAAGACCGAGUACAGCUAUCACGUCUACGUUCACCCCACUGAAUCUGGUGUCGUUUAUACAUUGCCGAGUCGUGAGUUGGCGCUCAUCGCGAUUUUGGAUCUUCCAAAGAACAAGCGUUCCGGAACAUACAAAGUAGACAUCUCAGCCUACCUCGACAGGAAGAAUAACCCAAAGGACAAGACCAGUCUGAUUAGCACCGUCGACGUUGUGGUAGACAAGGGUGCUGCGAGUGUCAGUGGUGAGACAAAAUUCACUUAUCCAUCUCAACCGAAAGAAUUGAGUGUGAAGGGCAAGGUCCACAUCGGAGGUGCUCAUCUGUUGGACGCAAAUGUUGACAUUGACGUUUUUGCUAAGAAGAACCAGAAGAUUGUCGUAACAGCAAAAUUGUUCAAGGAAUUUGUGAAAUCAAGCUACAAUGUGACCGGAAUCGUAUCGAUUGUGAGUCGGGGACAGCAACUGAAAAUUGAUCUCACCGAAAACCUACACAUAACCGAUGGUGACAUUUUCUUCGAAUCGUUAUUGUCUUACACGGACGAACACCAGAAGCCAAAAUCUACCGGAAUUACGUUCGCAUUCGACGUUAAGGAACUUCAUCUGCUCGUGAAGUCUCCAGACAAGGAUCUGAUCAGGGUCGACUCAAAAAUUCAACUGUCGAAAAAUCUGCAAAAGGUUUCCACCGAUCUAAGCAUCUUCGGGAAGGACCCAGUGGUCAUUACCUUUGAAGUCAAGGACCUCAACACCUUCUCAUAUUCUUCAUAUGCUAAGAAUAAACCGAACGACAAACUAGAAGCCAGUGGUCGCCUAGUCAUUGGCGAUCUAGCCGAAGCACGCGCUGAUCUUUACAAAGACGGAGCUAAGAAGCAACUCUUCCACGUACUCCUGCACCUCGACGAACGUCGCUACCUCAAGCCGGACUUGACAUUCAACAAGGACAACAUCGCUCAGACCAUCGAUAUAUACCGAACCCGUGUCAUUGAUGUAAUUACGGCUGGCGGUGAAUUCGUGGACGCCUUGGUAAAAGAAAUAAUUACGGAGAUCAAAGACUUACUUGAACACCUGAAGAAGGCUAGUCCGAAUUUCAAACCUCUCGUAGAUCACUACCAGGCCGAACUAGAAAAGAUAAAACAGGAGUCCAACAUUGAAAGCGAAAGCUUCAAGCAGGUCCAAGCUAAAUUUAACGAGAUAUUCGGUGGAACCAUAAGAGCUGUCGUGGAAGCCCUGAAGAAGCUUUCCGAAAGCAUUGACGAGCUUCAGAAGAUCUUUGAGGACCUCGCUGAACGAGUGAAUACCGCUCUCAAGACGACUAUUCCUGAAAUCCAGAAAACUUGGCGAGCAAUUCACGCCCUGGCGACUGAAACCAUCCACGAAGUUGCUACACUGGCAGCCACCUACAUCAAGACGAUAAUCGACAUCAUCAAUACCCACCAGGACGAGUUCAAACAGAUCGCAGUGAUCGCUGCGGAACUGGGUCAGGAUGUCGCGACUAUCGUAUUUAAGGCGAUUGGAAGGAUUCAGAACGAAGUGAAGGACUUCUUCACCGUCCUCAUCGAGGAACUCAAAGCACUUCCCACCUACGAAUUCAUUCAGCAAAAGUACCAGGAACUUCUGAACUACAAAAUACACGAGGGAGUAAUCCGAGCUGUAUCUGACAUCGUACAGUACGUGAAUAAACUUCUUCCGACCACAGAACUUCAGCAUCUCCUCACCGCCGUUUGGGAGUACGUUGUCUUACACGUCAAGCAGGAAAAGGUCGACGAGGUACAAGAAAUCAAAAAACUCUACGAACUCGUCGUAGACGCUCUCCAGUCGGUGUUCGAACUCGUCAAGUCCCAAGGCAUUGUGAAUAAAUUCGUCGACAUUUUCGAGACCCAGAUUCCAUGGGAUAUUACCGCGAUCUCCAGACUCCCAGGGAUCUCAUCGCUCAAGGUUUCGGUGAUUUCACUCAUACGGAAUCGGGAGUGGCCAACGCCAGCUGAAAUUUUCCAAGCAUACAGACCACCCGCGGAUCCAAGUAACUUGAUACCGCCGUUCAGCAAGUACGCUUUGUUCAUAGACGGAGGUCACUUCUUCACCUUUGAUGGCCGCCACUUGACAUUGCCCGGUCAAUGCAGCUACGUUUUGGCCCGCGAUGCUCGCGAUGGUAAUUUCUCAGUUGUCGGUGAAUUUGACAACGGAAAAUUGAACAGUGUAACGGUCACCGAACCAACUGAAAGCAUUACAAUCCAAUCCGCUGGAACCAUCCUCGUCAACAACCACCCAGCGGAAUUCCCAGCGAGCACCAAAAACCUCCAGGCUCAUUUGAAGGAACCCCUUACGCUUAUCAAGUCCGACUAUGGAGUUGAAGUUCAUUGCGUCAGAAACGGUCCUCUGUCUUGCAGCGUCCGAGUUUCAGGAUUUUAUCACGGAAAAGUCCGCGGAAUUCUUGGUAACGGUAACAACGAACCAUGGGAUGAUUUUACUCUACCCUCCGGAAAGGUUACCGAGAACGAGGGCGAGUUUGGAAAUUCCUUUAAGAUAACUUCCGGAUGCCCGAACGUCCAGACCGUCGAUCAUCAUGCCCAUCAUCACGACGCUACGUGCACAGAAUUCUUCAGCGGCAGGUCGCCUCUGAGCCCUUGCUUCAACUUCGUAAAUCCAGGUCCAUACCGUCAGGCCUGUGACCACGCUUCGAUGGCUGGCGACAAAAAGGAGGGCAGUUGUAACAUGGCUAUGGCUUACUUCUCCGUAUGCCGAGAAGCUGGUAUCGCAACGAAAGUACCAGCCAGUUGUGUACAUUGCGAAAAUGGAAAUCAGAAGAUAGACGUCGAUACCAGCUUCAGCGUUCAGCACCCCAAGCAACAGGCUGACAUUGUUUUCGUCGUUGAACAAGCUACCGAAAACGCGAAGGUCUUCCACGACCUCGUCACCCCACUCAUGACCGUUCUCAAAACCGAACUGAAGGACUACGGAAUCACCGACGUACACAUUGGUUUGAUCGGUUUCGGUGACCAUUUGGAAGUCCCGGUUCAUUACACGGUAAAAGGAAAUCGCAAUAUCGACGGAGAAGUGAAGAACAUGAAUUUCGCCGAGAAAAAACCAUUCUUAACGUUGGAGCAAGCUAAGGCUGGUGGCGCCAAAGAACGGAUGGAAUUCUUGGCCCAGAAGGUCAACGUUGAAUUGGGAACCCUCAGCAUCACUGCGGCCUAUUCAGAAGCACUGAGUUACGAUUUCAGACCAAGCGCUUCGAAGACAAUUAUUGGAGUAAUCGCGACACCGUGCGAAAAGAGCCUGUUGCCAGUUUCGCUGCAACAACUGAGACUCUUGCUCGGCCAGUUGGCUUACAAUAACCUUGGUGCAACUUACCAUCAAAUAGCAAAUCUGGACGAAAUUCUUUUAUCCGGAAAGCCGGUGAAGAACGUUGUCGGCUACGACGGGGACAGUAUCUAUACCUUCGCAGACAGUAAGAAGAAUCCAAUGGAAGGAAAUUCGCAGCUGAGAAAGACGAUGUCUCUGACUAACGAGGACGUGUGCGCUAAUUUCGCCGUCAACUCUGGCGGAGCAGUCUUCGGUGCUCACAAUUUCUUGGACGCUAAGCCCAACCAGAAGAAGCAGUUUAUCCAGGUAGCCGGAAGACGAAUUGCCAGCAGUCUGGCAAGUACGGUAAUAAGAGAGGAAUGCGUUUGCCGACAGCAGAAUGAUGGCCUAUACCCAAAAUCAGAAUGCGAAAUCGUUUCUAGAAAGGAAAAAGAGCCCACAGCGAGGCACACAAAGACAGGAACCAAGGGUUGAAAAUUCGUAGCUUCAGAGUACCGAAUGAUAUCUGCAGCAACGGUUUAUUAUUACAAAAUUAAUUAGGAAUGUCGUAUUUGUUACUUUGUUAUAAAUAUUAUGAUAUCAGUAAAAAUUUUAGAUAUAAGCCCCCGAACCCACCCCCUACACAUGUGAAAAUCCUACCUGAUUUUCAUUUUAUAUUUUUUCCUUCCUCUUCCCAUACCCCUUGCCCUCCUCGUAGCAAGAUUGGUUCUUGCAUACAGUAAUUCAAUCGUGUUAAAGGAGAAGUAAAGAAAAAAACAAGAAGACGAAGUAAAUGAGGAAAAUUGAAGAGAAGAAUAAUUAUUUUAUAAAAAAAAUGAUCUUUGAAGUAAUAUAGUUAUAAUAUUAAUGCGUUGACAACAGCUGUUCGUUCUACAUAUUAUAUGUAUGUAUGUAUAUGUAAUAAUAUGUGCAGAUUAUAUAAAUUAAAGAAGAUGGGAUGGAGAAGAA